CAUCGUCUCAAAGCCUUACACUGCACUAUCUUUAAUUCUCUUCUAUACCACUUCAAGAAAACAUGUGAAUAAAGUUCUUAAACCCACCGAAGAGAAGAAAACGAGCGCUAAUACGUCCGCUGUGUCUCUAUUUUCAGCGGACGGCCCCACCCAUCGAAGAAGAACUCUUUAAUUUUAAUUUUGCAGAGAGAGGUUCUCCCCUAGAAAAAGAACCGCUGUGUGGUGCUCAGUAGAUUUUCUUCUCCUCACACAGUUACUUCAAGCUUUGGGCGUCCAGAAAUGGUUAGAACUAGAGGUGGAUCAUCUUCUCGCGGUGAUGCUUCAUCUUCUCGUGGUGAGCCUUCAUCUUCAUCUCACGAUAAAAGGAGACGACCAAAACGUGUGGAUGUUAUUCAUGAGGAUGGGUCUGAGGAGCAUAACGAAAUUAUACAGCAGAGAUAUGGUGAGGACGACUAUGUUGAGCAGAAGGAUGUUGAACCGCAGGAGGAUGACUAUAGUGAGGAAGAAGAAGAAGAUGAAGAUGAUGGAUUUCUAGGAGGUCCACGUGACACCUCCUUGCUCACACAUUAUACCCAGCAUGUUGCAUUUGCCAUGUGGCAAGGCCGGGAUCGAGGGAAGAUCAAAGUGAUUUCCCAUGGUAAAAAAUUAAGACAUUUUGGAAUGUACCAUGAGGCUAUUGAGCGUUAUAUCUCCAUAUCGGGUUUGGCUUCCUUAGUCAACCUAUCGUACGAGUAUGUCGAUCAUGGAUUGAUCGUUUCCCUUGCGAAGAGGUGGCACCCAGAGACAAAUACUUUCCACCUCCGUGUAGGAGAGAUGAGUGUCACAUUAGAUGACGUUCACAAUCUGCUUCACCUACCUAUCAUGGGGCAAUUUUGUGACGUGGAGGAGUUAGAGUAUGAUGAGGCUCGAUCUCAUCUUAUGGACUUGCUUGGUGUCGAUCGUGCCAAAGCUUCAGCCGAGAUGAAACAGUCACGCGGUCCAAAAGUUAGGCUGAGCUGGCUCCGCGAGGUCUACCAAGAGUGCAUUGAGCAGGAGCUUUGGGAGUGCGCUGCUCGGGCCUACUUGUUGCAUCUACUUGGAUGCACAAUUUUUACGAAUAAGAGUGGGACAUUUAUUAGAGUCUCGUACCUCCUUCUGUUGCGAGACUUGAAUGCUUGUGCGACAUAUGCCUGGGGAGCAUCUGCACUGGCAUAUACUUAUGAGCAGCUAGGAGAUGCUAGCUUCACUGGUGUCAAGCAGAUAGCUGGAUAUUCCACUCUUCUACAGAGUUGGAUAUAUGAGCACCUUCCUGACAUGGGAAGGAGGCGAGUAUCGGAUAGGUACACAGAUCUCGAUCCACGUGCUUCACGAUAUAUACCUCCAAGGCAAGGUUGGAGUUUGAUGGAGGGGCGGACAUAUCUGGAUUGGCUCACUUACGAUGAUGUCAUUUGGCAUCCAUACAUUUCGCACAGACGUACUUGUCCAUUCAUGAACAUAUGUAUGUUUUCAGGAUGGAUCCGACUAUGCGACAUGAUUCACCGACAUUUGCCUGAACGUGUGUUGCGUCAGUUCGGUUUUCAGCAGAUCAUACCACGUUCGCCUGAGAGCCUUCUGAUGCCAAACAUUCCUACGAUUGAUCUAAAUUGGCUGAGGUAUGUUGAGCAUGCCAUUACUGGUGUCACUGAAGCUGAUGAGCCCUCUGCGUGUGUUGAUGAAUACCUAAUGUGGUUUAGACGGGUGUCCCACACGUACAUCACUCCAGCUGACGACGAUGACCGUCCCAAUCUUGCCCCGCGCAUGAGGCGACACCUACCAGAUGACAUCCUGAUGCCCUUAGUUCUUCGUAGACGAUCGCCUGAAUCUGGAUUGUUGGGUGGUAUGAGGCGUGUGAUCAGGAUGUUGCAGAGCAUGUUAACCUAUCGAGACGUCACAAAGGGCACUGUAGCUUAUCAGCGUACUAUUGAGGCACUUCAGGUUGCUCGUAGAUCCGUUGAGGAGUAUGAGGCUAGUACUAGUAGAGGUGCUCGUCAUGUUCGUGGAAGAGCAUCAUUUUCUUGA